CAUUUCGUUGCCUCUAAUGACUAACGAAGAGAUCGUAAGAGUAAUUGACAUUUGGAUCAAAGAGAGUCGAGAACUCGGCUCUAAAUAUAAUUGGGUUCAAAUAUUUGAGAAUAAGGGCGCUAUAAUGGGCUGCUCUAACCCUCACCCGCACUGUCAAGUCUGGGCGAGUAAUUACUUGCCAAAUGAGGCCAGAAUUAAGGAUCAAACGCAACGACAAUACAAAGAAACUCACAAUAAACCACUUCUUAUGGAUUAUUUGACUAAAGAGUUGGACAAAAAGGAAAGAAUUGUAUUGCAAAACGAGAAUUGGGUGGUUUUGGUGCCCUUUUGGGCCGUUUGGCCCUUCGAGACCAUGAUUUUGCCCAAAAAACAAAUCAUUCGUUUAGAAGACUUGAGUGAAUCAGAAAAACACGAUUUAUCGGAUGCUAUGAAGAGAUUACUUAUUAAAUACGAUAAUUUGUUUGAAAUAUCUUUCCCAUAUUCCAUGGGAUUU